AUGACAAUGGAUAUUGUUCCAAAGAAUCAGAGGUUCAAUACUAGAAGGAGCAAUACAGAGGAGCUUGUGCCUGGUAUACUAACCAUACAAAAGCCUCCUAAGCCCCGCAUAAGGCCUGCGAUUGACAAAGAAAGGAAAAAGUUUCUUGAAGAAAUCCGAAAAAAAAAAGCAUGGAUGGAGAAAGAAGAUCGUGAAUGGAUACCUAGAAGCAUUCUCAAAGAAAAGAAGAAAAAAGCAAAGACAGAAAAGAAAAAACACAACAAACUGGAUGAUCACCCAAAAGAAGACACUGACAAUGACAUAGCUGCAAGCCUAGAAACUGAAGGAAGUGAUGAGGACACAGAGGUUGAUGAGGAAAUGGAACUGCUCUAUAGUGAUGCUGAGUCAAGUGAGGGCAGCGAAUUUGAUGUAGAUGAAGUGGGGACUGAACAGCCUGCAGCAUUGGCAGUUGAGCUAGGACAUCUUGUGAAAGUUGGUCACAAGUACAAAUGCUUCUACUGUACUAAACAAUGUAGCAGCCAUGAUGAGGUCUACAGCCACAUUAAAGUUGAUCAUCCAGAUAUUGAUCUUGAUUCCCUAAAUAAAGAUGAGCUGAAUUGUCCCGUUUGUGGACAACACUUUAAGACAUUGUGGCGUUAUCUUCAGCAUACCUCAGUAUGUACCACUGAGACAUACUCACGAUGCAAAAGUUGCCCAUUGUGUGAUAAAGCAACAACAGACCUCUCAGCCCACAUGAAAUAUUAUCAUCAUGAACGGAACUUUAAAUGUCAACAGUGUGAUAAAUAUUUUCCAAGAAGGUAUGCGUUAAAAAAUCACAUAAAGAUCGUUCAUGUUGAGGAAGAGUUUUUGUGUGAAAUUUGUGCAGUUUCUGUUAAAAGCCAAGCAUAUUUAAAAACCCACAUGCUUAUGGUGCAUGGGACAGAGGAAGAUAAGAAGCAUAUAUGUGAAACGUGUGGCAAGAAAUUUUUCAAAAAGUCUACGUUGAAUGAACAUUCUAAGAUUCACAGUAAGAUACUAGACAGAGAGUGUGAUUUUUGUGACAAGAAAUUUUACACAAAAACAGCUUUGAGAAAUCAUGAAAAUAGAAAUCAUAUGGACAUGAUUGAUUGGAAGUUAAGCUGUGACAAGUGUAGUAAGCCUUUUCAUACACAACAUCACCUUAAACGUCAUAUUCAGAUGAAACAUUCUGGGAAUAAACUAAAGCGUAAGGCUAGGAAAUUGAAAGAGGAAAAGCCAUGCAAGUAUCGGUGUGCACAGUGUCACUUGGAAUUUCACAUAAAAUGUAAAUUUGACUCACAUGCCAAAUGGCAUGAGAAUCCAUGCAAAUGUGAAUUUGAUAACACUGUUUGUUGGAGAUCUUUCGCCACUGAGACAGGACUUCAUUCACAUUUGGAAGCUGAUCAUGACAUUAAGAAUUCACAACUUACAUUUAUAUGCAAGAUGUGUGAUGAGGUAUUCAAGGAUAUCUUUUUACAUCGCAAACAUGUUGCAGUGGAGCAUGAAGGAAAACAUUUGGUAGAUUGUGAUUUGUGUAAUUGUGCAUUUGAAAAACGAAAAUGUCUUACAGGACACAAGUUCAAAAAGCAUGGCAUUACUCUCAGCUGGAAAUGUUCAGUGUGUAAUUUGAGAUUUGGUUCUUCUAAUGCAUUGAUAGCACACCAGACAGUUCAUAAUGGAAAGCGUCUAGUAGUUUGUAGACUAUGUGGCCUUGUAUUUGGUAACACUGCAUAUAGGCAGAAGCAUUGGGUCCAUGUUCACAAGAUUAGAAAGCUUGAAAGACCAGAUGAUUUAUCUGGUUUAACAGUGCAACCAUUUAUCUUGGCCAAAAACAUCCAGAGUUACAAAGAUACAGAUGAAACUGUUCAUAUUCCCAUUGACCUUGACAAUCCAGUAAUACCUCAUAUUGAAGAAGAAAGUACACCUGAAUUCAAACAUGAAGGCUCUGGUGCAGAUUCUAACAUAAUGCCAGUCAAAAUUGCUGACUCCCACCCUCCAACAUCAAAACAGAGUGAAAAUGUUCUACUGCCAUUAAAUCAAUCUUUUAUUCCCUUUCACUCUAUGGAUACUAUUCUUCAGUCUGAACUCCCAAUCACUGGACAGGUUAAUCCUCUCAUACCUGGCCCAGAACCAGUUAAUCCUCUGAUUCCCCGCCCAGAACCAGUUAAUCCUCUGAUUCCUUGCCCAGAACCAGUUAAUCCUCUGAUUCCUUGCCCAGAACCAAUUAAUCCUCUGAUUCCCCGCCCAGAACCAGUUAAUCCUCUGAUUCCUGGCCCAGAACCAGGUAAUUCUGAUCCCUCUGAUAUUUGGCUUUGA